CAAAAUUUGUGUAAUUUCCUGUUCAAUGCUUGUAAUCUCACUGAAAUGUCUAUAUCCACUGGUGUACGUUAUUUUGCACAGAAUCUCUUCAGCAACUGGCAUUGUAUGCUGAUAGCUCGAAAUGUUCAACUGGCUCGCAUUCUUCGACACGGAGAGUACGAAUGGCAGGAUCCCAAAAGCGAAGAUGAAGUCGUAAACAUUACGUACAUUGACAAAGACGGCAAAAGAGUACCGGUACGGGGUAAGGUAGGUGAUAAUGCUCUUUAUCUUGCCCAUCGAUACGGUGUCGAUAUGGAGGGUGCCUGCGAGGCUUCGCUGGCAUGCACAACCUGUCACGUGUAUGUGCUGAACGACUAUGGCAACCGGUUGCCACCGUCGGAAGAGAAAGAGGACGACCUGCUAGAUAUGGCACCUUUCCUAAAGGAGAACUCCCGUCUAGGCUGUCAGAUUGUGUUAACCAAGCAGCUGGAAGGAAUGGAACUGCAACUACCGAAAGCUACGAGGAACUUCUACGUAGAUGGACACAAACCAAAGCCGCACUAGUUUGGGAAGAAACAAUGGAAUUAGACUGAUAUCUAGUUUUUCGAAAGUAAAUUGUUUGUUAUUAGAGA